AAUCUCUCUGCCUCGUCUCAUCUGCGAAGUAUCUCCCAAAAAACUUUCCCGAGAUUCCAAAAAACCGCCGCCAUGUUGAGACAAGCCUCUCGCCUCCUCUCCCGAUCCGUAACCGCCGCCGCAUCGUCCAAAUCGGCGACGACGACUCGCGCCUUUUCCACCGAGCUUCCCUCCACGAUCGAUUCGACAUUCGUGGAGUCAUGGAAGAAAGUCGCUCCCAACAUGGACCCGCCUCAGACACCUUCUUCCUUCAUGAAAUCCCGUCCUUCGACCGCCUCUUCGAUCCCGACGAAGCUCACCGUCAAUUUCGUCCUCCCUUACGCAUCUGAGCUUUCCGAGAAAGAGGUCGACAUGGUCAUCAUUCCCGCUACAACAGGACAAAUGGGUGUUUUGCCUGGACACGUUCCAACAAUCGCUGAGCUGAAACCCGGUAUCAUGUCCGUUCACGAAGGUACUGACAUAAAGAAAUACUUCGUGAGCAGUGGUUUCGCGUUUCUCCACGCAAACUCCGUCGCUGACAUAAUCGCGGUCGAGGCCGUGCCGCUUGAGAACAUUGACGCAAGCCAGGUCCAAAAGGGUUUAGCUGAGUUCACGCAGAAACUUGCUUCUGCCACAACAGAUCUUGAGAAAGCAGAAGCACAGAUUGGUGUCGAAGUUCACAGUGCUAUGAACGCAGCUCUCUCAGGCUAAAAGAAGCUUCUCUUUCUCUCAUUAAAUCAAAAAUCAUUUGGCUUUUCAAAUGAUUAGUGGAAGUUUCUUUCUUUCUUUUUAAUUGUGUUGGAUUUCUGUUUGAAUAAAUGAUUUUGGGGGAGGCACAAACCAACAUCAAGAUUCUUGUGUUCAUUACUUGUUUGUGUUGACUGUUGAGUAUGGUUUUCACUUCCUGAUAUUUUUCUUUAUGUAAGACUAACUCACACAUAAUAAGAGUAUUU